AUGGAAUUACCUACAAAUACUGCUGCUCCUAAACCACCAAAGAGACAAGUGACCCUAGGCCCAACAUCCCCUAUCCAGGAUUGGGAAGUCGAGCGAGCAACGAUCCUCGCUGAUCGUAAAGAGAGCUGUGAAAAGGCAGAGCGACUGGAAAAGAAGCUGGAACUCGACCGUCAAACAUACGAAAAGAACACGGCUAGUCUGCUCCGAGAAAAUAAGCUAAAAGAGACUUUUCUCGAAAAAAGAAUCAAGGAUGUUCAGGAGCAGUUGAUGGAAGAGCUGGUGCUAGUGCAACGCACAUUGGAUGAAGAGCGAUCCUCAUUUCAGGAACAAUUACGAAGCUUGAAAAGCCAACAUGAAGCAGCGUUCGAGGCUGAAGAGAAGAAAUAUCAAAGAAGAUUAACAAGCCUUCAAGAGAGACUGAAUGCAAAGGAUAAGGAGUAUGCUGAGAUAUUUGAAAAGGAACAGCACAGCUCUACAGCGGAAUCAGAUGUUGAAAAGGAAAAAAUCAUUGAAUCUUUAAAUAUUCAAAUUGCCAAGAAUCAAGAGGAAAUGGCUAAGCUUCGGGAAUCUAACCCUGAAAGUGAGAUCGAGAACGAUGAUGAUGAUGAUGAUGGUACACCCGAAAAGCAGGCUGAAACUUCCACUUCUUCGUCUAAGGAAUAUCAACAGCUUGAAUCAUUGUACAAAUCACUACAAGAAAAGUUUGAGGCGACCGAGUUGGUAUUGAAAGAUUGUAAACAAGAAAACGAGGACCAUCUACGCAAGAUUGACGAAUUGAAAACUAGUCUAUCAGCUGCUCAACAACAAAGAAAACGCAUCGAUCAAGUCGUAUCCAGUCAAAAUGACCAUAUCAAGGAGUUGACUGAAAAGUUCAUGUCGGAAGUGCGACAAACCGAAAUGACAAACCAGGCACAAUUUCAAAAUUUACAAUCCGAGCACACUGAAUUAAUGCGUGAGCUUAGAGAACAGCAUGAAACUGAAAAGGAAGUGUGGCAAAUAGAACAAACUACCCUAAUCGAUGAGAUGCGCAGAGAGUUGAACUUUGAAAAGGAGGAAGCACUGCGAGAAUUGGGCAGAGAAUGGAAGGAGAAGAGCGAAGAUUUACAUGCAUCCAUGUCCAAGGAUGCCAUGGAGAUUCAAGCUCAUUGGGAAUCCAAAUUGCAAGAAGCAAAGUCAGGCUCGCUGUUGAAGGUGUCUCGAUUGCAGGGAGAGAUCGCGGUGGUCAAGGAUCGCUUGGGACGUGAAAUCACCAGACGAAAGCAAAACCAAGCAUUGUUGGAAGAGGCCAUAAAUAAGAAUAAGCUUUUGGAUGAGUCCUUGAGGAAAUAUCAAUCUAAAUGUCAUGAUCUUUUGAAUCGGCGUACUACAACGGAGAAAGAGAUCCAAAUAUUGAAGUGUCAACAUCGCACCUCUUAUAAAUUAGCUCUGGAUCUCUUGACUAUCACCUCACCGAAUAAGACCAUUGAUUCUCGAGCUAGAUUGCCAGACAUAUUACAAACUGCUGUCAGAGAUGCCACCUUGAUGAGAUUUCAUGCUGAGACAGAGGCUGAUACUCAAGGCUCAGCAUUCGCUGUCAAUGGCAUUCCCACAUAUGGAUUUUGA